GAUGCAAGGAAAAGAAGAGUGGAUACCGGUGGAGUCGGCAUUGGGCCUGAUCCCAGCACCUUCCCCUAACACUUCGCCUCCUAUCGCCUAAAUUGUCGGGCGAACCAGCGGCAAGCUAUACGCUUAUCUUCUACUGCGACUCGAAAGUGCACCAUGCGGGAGUCCGAAUGGUAAAUCAAUGGCGACAUUGAUAACAAUCGGAGUACUGGAUAGCGAAGUUCCACUAAGCAUUUUUAUAUAUAGAAGGUUGCCACGGAAGAACCCCCCCCUAACAGUAGCGAACGCCCUUUUUUCUGCUCAUAUAUCAAAGAGUUCACGGUUGUCUGCCACCGAGAAUGACCACACAUGCAAAUGCCAUCCAAGAUUUUGAGGCGGCACCAGUGCCGUCUGCUGCCAUCCCUUCAUCUGAAGACAAGACUUCCGCCGCUGGUCCUGUGACGCUAAGUUACGGCGACAAGAAGGAUUCAUUGCCCGAUGUUUCGGUUGGCGACGCUGGUGCCAUCGACUACAUUACGGAGGAGGUGGAGCCUACUGACGAGGAAUUUGCUGUAUUAAAAAAAGUGCACGGGAAGAUGCCAUGGGUUUGCAUUGCCAUGUGUGCUAUUGAGCUUUCCGAGCGAGCGUCGUACUAUGGUAUCACUGGUGUCGUUCAAAAUUUUAUCAAGAACCCUCUUCCCGAAGGUGGUAAUGGUGCUGGUGCUGUUGCUCCUGGUGCUGCCGGUACAAAUCAGUCUGCCGGUGCACUAGGUCGAGGUUCUGUUCAAUCUUCUGCUUGUUACAAUGCGUUCGUCUUUCUUGCUAAUGUUUUCCCCAUUAUGGGAGGUAUCCUCGCAGACACAAGAUGGGGUCGUUUUAAGACCGUUGCUAUUGGUACCGCCGUUGGAGCCUUUGCGCAUAUUUUAAUGGUUGUUGUCACCAUCCCUCAAGUCCUCCGUACUGGCAAUGGUCUCGGUCCUUUCCUUGUCUCAUUCUACAUCUUAUCCUUUGCUGCUGGUUUCAUCAAGCCUUGCCUGGCCACUUUGCUCUGUGACCAAAGCCCUGUGAAGAAGCCUGUUAUCACUACUACUAAAACUGGUGAGAGGGUCAUUCUUGAUCCCCAGACCACCGUUCAACGAUACCUUCUCAUCUUCUACUGGUGUAUCAACGUCGGCGGCUUCUUUGCCAUUGCUUCUUCAUACUCUGCACGUUUUGUCGGCUUUUGGCUGGCUUACCUUCUGCCCGGUAUCGUGUACAUGCUCAUGCCUAUCGUCUUGGUCGUCUGCUAUAAACGACUCUAUAAGGCCCCCCCUCAGGGUUCUGUCACCCUUGAAGCGAUGAAAGUCUUGUACCUUAUCAUAAAGAAGGGAGGUUUCGUCAAGAUGUUCAAGGGAGGUGAAGAAUUCUGGCAGACAGCUAAACCGAGUUAUAUCUUGGCCAAGGAAGGCUCGGUCGACACUUCCAAGAUCUUCUGGGAUGAUUUGUUUGUGGAUGAAAUUAGGCAGUCUAUUGCAGCUUGUGGUGUCUUCGCCCUUAUUCCUAUUUUCAACCUUGCCGACGGUGGUAUUGGUUCACAGGAGAACGACAUGUCAACUGCCAUGACUCUGAACAACGCUCCUAACGAUGUUAUUUCAAACUUUAACCCUCUUACUAUCAUCGUCGCCACACCUAUCAUUACCUACGGUCUUUACCCCUUCUUUGACAAGAUCGGUCACCCCAUCAAGCCCAUGACCCGAAUGGCUAUUGGCUUCAUUCUUGGUAUGGCCAACAUGAUCUAUGGCGCGGUCAUCCAGUGGAAGAUCUACUCCAUUUCUGAGUGUGGCUGGUACGCAUCUACUUGUGACACCGUCACCAGUAUUUCUAUCUGGGCUCAGAUUCCUCUUUACUCGCUUCCCGCCAUUGGUGAAAUCUUUGUCAAUGUUACAUCUUACGAGCUGGCCUACACUCGUGCUCCUGCGCGAAUGAAGGGCCUGGUUUAUGCUUUGUGUUUGUUCAACCAAGCUAUCUCCUCUGCUAUUGGUCUCGCGUGCUCCAACGCCAUUCAAGACCCGUACCUCAUUUGGCCUUACGUCGCCCUUGCCAUCGCCUGUUUGAUCUGUGCCGUUCUUUGCCCUACCUACUUCCGACACCUCAACGACCCUGUGCGAACCUUUGCCGAUCCCGCCAGGCAGGCUGGUAAGCUUCAAGAGCUUGAGCCUCUCACUGCUGCUCGUGCGUCGCAAAACGAGCUUAAUGAGAAGGCCGAUGAGAAGGCUUAGAGUAAGGAAUACCCAUUGAGUGUUGGAUAAAAAGUAGUCGUGUUCUUUAGUCCUUUUGGGAGUGAUCGUUUGUAUUCGUUUCGUGGUUUUUUACCUUUCUGGAUACUGGGCAUUUUUAUAGUCGUUGAGCUCCGCAAUUUGUAAUUUGCUUACAAUAAAGUAAUGCAUAAAUAUGAUAUCUU